GCUUAUCCGGGCCAUCCGUUUCCUGCAUCGGACGGCGCACAGCCACCCCUGGCGCGCUCCUCGUGUGUUAUCCACGACUGGCGCCGCGCCCGCGUCGGCCACGGCAGCGAUGGCGGCGGCCAGGCGCCUCUUCUCCUCCCACCUCGCCCUCCACCCCCGCGAGCCCGCGCGCCCUCUCGCGACCGCUGCCACUGCCGUCGCGGUUCCGCACCGCCGCGGCAAGCACGACGCGGUCGCGUGCAAGGCCACCGGGAAGACCAAGCCCAAGGCGAAGGCGAAGGCGGCUAACAAGGGCGGCGAGCGGCUGCGGAGGCGGCCGCUGGAGGAGCACCUCAAGCGGCGCACGCGCUCUGCGGCCGCCUUCGACGCCGACCUUUACGGCCGCCACGGCCACGCGCACCACGUUCCCGUGCUGCUCGGCGAGGUCCUCGCUGCCUUCCGCCGGCCCCGCCCGCUCCGCUCCUUCGUCGACUGCACCCUCGGCGCCGCAGGGCACUCCCUCGCCAUGAUGGAGGCACACCCGGAGAUGGAGCUGUACGUUGGCAUGGACGUCGACCCCACUGCCCUGGAGAUCGGCCGUGGGCACAUUGAGGCCUUCCUUGCUGGUAGGGAAGCAAAUGGAGGGGAGCUGCGUGCCUAUACUCACGUCAAGAACUUUAAGUACAUCAAGCAAGUUCUUGGUAGCCUGGACGAGAGCCUAGCUGUUGGCUCGUCUGGAGUUGAUGGCAUCCUCAUUGACCUUGGCAUGUCAUCCAUGCAGGUGAACAGAUCAAAUAGGGGAUUCAGUGUACUCCAGGAUGGCCCUCUUGAUAUGCGCAUGGACCCUAAGGCAACUUUAAGAGCAGAGGAUAUCUUGAAUUCUUGGCCGGAGCUUGAAGUUGGACGCAUCCUGCGUGAUUAUGGGGAGGAGAGCAAUUGGCAAUUCCUUCAGAAGCAAAUUGCUAAAGCCCGGGAAAUGGGUGGUCUGCACUCUACUGGGGAUCUUGUCAAACUAAUUCAAAGAAAGUGUACCAUCUCAAAGGGACGGCAAGGCUGGAUCAAGACUGCAACAAGAGUGUUUCAGGCCCUCAGGAUUGCAGUUAAUGAUGAACUCCGGGUUCUUGAAGAUUCACUUCAUUCAAGCUUUGACUGCCUAGUGACAGGUGGUCGUCUUGCUGUAGUCUCAUUCCACAGCCUGGAGGACAGAAUUGUGAAGAAGACCUUCUUGGAGCUCAUCCAUGGGGGUGAAGCAGAUGAUGAAGAGGAUGACGAUGACGACCUGACACUCUCUGACAUCGAUGAUGAAGAUGAACCAUGGUUCAACCAGAGAGUGCAAGGAAGGAACGGAAUCGUCCUCACUAAAAGACCAAUUACCCCUUCUCAAGAGGAGGAAAAACUAAAUCAGAGGUGCAGAAGUGCGAAGCUGAGAGUUAUCCAAAAGGCCUGAAUAAUUUAAGAUGAUUUUUGAAGGAUUGAUGUGGAUACCUGCACAGCAAUUGUUGCAGCCAAAGCACAUGUGAAAUGAGACGGUCACUUAUGUACCUCGACCAGACAAAACAGCAGCAUUUUUCCUCCACAUGAAACCUAGAGGCUUAGGUUAGUCAAAAAAAUCUCACUGUAUCUGCAUCAGUUACUGAAAUUCAUCCAUGUAUAUCAUCAGCAGAUGUACUCUAUGAGACCAUUACCUUGCAAGAUACAAUAGUUAGUUUAGGGUUUCCUGUGACCCACUUAUCCAUCCUGCUGUUCAUGAUUAACUGAUUUAACUUGCAUAUAUCUUUUUUAUUUACA